AUGUCCCGCGUCUCCACGUGUGCGACCAGCCCCACCGACACGUUUGGCGGUUUGCUGCGAGACAUCGUCCUGUUCAAGGCCGUCCUUGCCAAGUCGGCGCUGGGCCAACCAGACUACCCAUGCUGCCGGAGCCUUUCCCAUCGCGUCCGCUUUCGGCCUGGCAAAAUUGCAGCGCCUUCACUCGUCGUCUCGCUCGCUGGGCCCAGUCAGGGAUCAGCCUGCGAAUCACCAUCGGUGGAGCGUUUCAUGGUAAACGCCACGGGGGUUCAGGUAUGCCCAGGUCGUGAGGGGGUUUCUUUGAGCAGCUGGAUGAGGGCUAGCAACGAAGGCGCUGGGAACAUUCGCUCAUCAUCCAAUUUUGCAGCAGUGGAAAUUGUUCUGAGCGCUGUAAAUCUCCGACCCUCGGCACGUGCGAGGGCUGAAGAAAAGCAAGUGUCCCCCACGUUUCAGAUCCAAAAGCACCAGGAAAGGGGUCCUUUUGCCAGCUUGCGGAGCUUACUUUUCCCGCCCAGUUCAGUGUCGCGCCAUCUUGCUAGCGGAAACUUCCUCCGCUUCACCACACCUGCUAUCCGCUGGUCAAUGUGUGAAACGAACACCUGGGAUUUCUGCACACCCGAGAUACCCGCCGAUAGCACGCUCCUCGGGGUACCGGCCGUGCUACUUGUUGCCAAGCACGACGUUAACAUGGUGACACUGAUAAUGCGUCUCCUGGCCCAAUUCUCGCAGGGAGCACCGUCGACUUUUCCUGCUCUCCGGCUCUCUCAGACUUCCUAG